AUUAGAGUAAAAGUGGUGCUGAUCUAAUUAAUGAUUAUUUAUUUUUUUCUUCUAAUUUGUCUUUGUUCCUUUCCAAAAUAAUUUAUACAUAAUCGCAAGAUGACUUCUUAUAAUGACCGACUUACCGUUUUAGAUGAUGAACUCAAACAACUCCAGGGUAUGACCGAUUGCCAAAUGGUAACUGAUGAUAUGGAUACCGAUAACCACGAAGAUGUCGAUAAAAGAUCAAUCUACGUCGGAAAUGUUGACUAUUCGACGAAGCCUCAGGAGCUUCAGGAGUUUUUUAAGUCUUCUGGUCAAAUAAACAGAAUCACAAUCAUGGUUGAUAAAUACACCGGCCAUCCCAAAGGAUAUGCUUAUGUUGAAUUUUCUAAUGAAGAUGCCGUUAAUAACGCCAUAAUGCUCAAUGAAUCACUUUUUAAAGAACGUAUUAUCAAAGUAAUACCUAAGCGGAAGAAUAUACCAGGAUUUAAUCGUAGAAGACCUACUUCUAGAUCCAGAUCUAGACCCUAUCGCUCUUACACCAGAGGUGGUAGGUAUUAUUCGUAUCGUGGAUUCCACCGUGAUUACUCCAAACCAUAUUAAAUUUUUUUCCAACUUUUUACCAUUUCAUCAUUAUUUUUAU